CGGCCCCGAAGAAGACGACCCCAGUGGAGGCCCCACUGAUGACUGGACAGCCGGGCCCUGGCCACGGGAAGAAGCUGGGUCAUCGGGGUGUGGACGCAUCUGGCGAAACCACCUACAAGAAGACCACGUCCUCCACCCUGAAGGGGGCCAUCCAGCUGGGCAUUGGCUACACCGUGGGCAACCUGAGUUCCAAGCCGGAGCGCGACGUGCUCAUGCAGGACUUCUACGUGGUGGAGAGCAUUUUCUUCCCCAGUGAAGGCAGCAACCUCACCCCCGCCCAUCACUUCCAGGACUUCAGGUUCAAGACCUACGCGCCCGUCGCCUUCCGCUACUUCCGGGAACUCUUUGGGAUCCGGCCGGAUGACUACUUGUACUCGUUGUGCAAUGAGCCGCUCAUCGAGCUGUCCAACCCCGGUGCCAGCGGCUCCCUGUUCUACGUCACCAGCGACGAUGAGUUCAUCAUCAAGACGGUGAUGCACAAGGAGGCCGAGUUCCUGCAGAAGCUGCUACCCGGCUACUACAUGAACCUCAACCAGAACCCACGGACGCUGCUGCCCAAGUUUUACGGGCUGUACUGUGUGCAGUCGGGCGGGAAGAACAUCCGCGUGGUGGUGAUGAACAACGUGCUGCCGCGCGUGGUCAAGAUGCACCUCAAGUUCGACCUCAAGGGCUCCACGUACAAGCGGCGGGCCAGCAAGAAGGAGAAGGAAAAGAGCAUCCCCACCUACAAAGACCUGGACUUCAUCCAGGACAUGCCUGAGGGGCUCAUGCUCGAUGCCGACACCUUCUCCGCGCUCGUCAAGACGCUGCAGCGUGACUGCCUGGUGCUGGAGAGCUUCAAGAUCAUGGACUACAGCCUGCUCCUGGGCGUGCACAACAUCGACCAGCAGGAGCGCGAGCGGCAGGCCGAGGGCGCCCAGAGCACCGCUGACGAGAAGCGGCCGCUGGGCCAGAAGGCGCUCUACUCCACGGCCAUGGAGUCCAUCCAGGGCGGGGCCGCGCGCGGGGAGGCCAUCGAGACGGACGACACGAUGGGCGGGAUCCCCGCUGUGAACGGCCGCGGGGAGCGGCUUCUGCUACACAUUGGUAUCAUCGACAUCCUGCAGUCCUACAGGUUCAUCAAGAAGCUGGAACACACCUGGAAGGCUCUCGUUCACGAUGGGGACACUAUCUCUGUCCACCGGCCCAGCUUCUACGCCGAGCGCUUCUUCAAGUUCAUGAGCAACACGGUCUUCCGGAAGAACUCCUCCCUCAAGUCCUCGCCGUCCAAGAAGGGCCGCGGUGCCUUGCUGGCCGUCAAGCCCCUGGGGCCCACUGCCGCCUUCUCGGCCAGCCAGAUCCCCAGCGAGCGGGAGGACGCGCAGUACGACCUGCGGGGGGCCCGCAGCUACCCCACGCUGGAGGACGAAGGCCGGCCAGACCUCCUGCCCCGCACACCGCCUUCUUUUGAGGAGGCCACCACCGCCUCCAUCGCCACGACCCUGUCCUCCACGUCCCUCUCCAUCCCGGAGCGGUCCCCCUCGGAGACAUCAGAGCAGCCACGGUACAGGCGGCGCACGCAGUCCUCCGGACAGGAUGGCCGGCCCCAGGAGGAGGCGCAUGCGGAGGAGGACCUGCAGCAGAUCACGGUGCAGGUGGAGCCCGCGUGCAGCGUUGAAAUCGUGGUCCCCAAAGAGGAGGAUGCGGGGGAGGGGUCGUCCCCAGCCUGUGCCUCUGCCGCCGUCGAAGUGGAAACCGCCAGCCAGGCCUCCGAGCCUGCCAGCCAGGCCUCAGAUGAGGAGGACGCGCCCGCCACAGACAUCUACUUUGUAAGUCCUCCCGGGAUCCCUCCCGUCGCCGGACCCUCCGCCACCUGUGUGUGCUCACACGUGCACACACACGCACGUGCCUGUACGAACCCACGUGUGCUUACACCCACACCCGUUCACACGCGCGCACCCUGCUCCCCCACAGGCUCGUGCUGACACGUCGCACACUCAAGGCGCCUGUGCA